AGAAAGCCAAGGAAGGGCAGUCGGUCUACAGCCCGCCUCCCGCCGCGGAGCUGCAGGCUGAAGCCCAGGCUUGUGCAGCCAGGGGUGCAGGAGGGAGGGUAGGGGCAAGCCCAGAAAGUCGGGAACACAACGCUGUGCCGCAUUGUGCCCACCCCUUGUCUCCCGACACGAAGGCUGCUCAAGCCCAGGGUGUUUUUUUCCUUUUCACUGCCACCUCCCAGUCCCUGGCCCAACAUGAUACUGACUAAAGCCCAAUACGACGAGAUAGCCCAGUGCCUAGUGUCUGUGCCGCCUACCAGGCAGAGCCUGAGGAAGCUGAAGCAGAGGUUCCCCAGUCAAUCGCAGGCCACUCUGCUGAGCAUCUUCUCCCAGGAGUACCAGAAACAUAUUAAGAGAACACAUGCCAAACAUCAUACUUCGGAAGCGAUUGAAAGUUAUUACCAGAGGUAUCUGAAUGGAGUGGGGAAAAAUGGAGAUGCCCCAGUACUCCUGGAGCUAGCCAAUGAGGUGGACUACGCACCCUCAUUAAUGGCUCGGAUUAUACUGGAAAGGUUUCUACAGGAGCACGAGGAAUCUCCACCCUCCAAGUCUGUUAUAAAUAGUAUGCUACGGGACCCUUCUCAGAUUCCAGAUGGAGUUCUAGCAAAUCAGGUCUAUCAGUGCAUCGUGAACGACUGCUGUUAUGGACCACUGGUGGACUGCAUCAAACAUGCCAUUGGUCAUGAGCAUGAAGUUCUGCUCAGGGACUUGCUUCUGGAGAAAAACCUGUCCUUCCUAGAUGAAGAUCAGCUCCGAGCAAAGGGUUAUGACAAAACACCAGACUUUAUUUUACAAGUACCCGUUGCUGUAGAAGGGCACAUAAUUCACUGGAUUGAAAGCAAAGCCUCAUUUGGUGAUGAAUGUAGCCACCACGCCUACCUGCAUGACCAGUUCUGGAGCUACUGGAACAGUUGGAAGAGUGUGGUGAGGGGCCUAGCGUUCCCAGACUGGAAGCUGAAAUCCUCCUUGUUCCUCUUUUAUACCUGCCCAGUGUCUGCUCUCACAAACGAGAGACCCUAUUUGUUCGAAGCAUGCAGAGGCAUGAGCUCAGAACAAAGCGGAUCCAGUAUUUCAGGUGACUUCAUAGACCCCACCCCAUUUCCACCCAAAAAACAAACAACGGUGAGAAUUCUUUUUUUUUCUUUUGCUUCAGGCGAGGUGUAUGUCAACUCUUCUAACACUCCUAAAAUCAUAUAUAAAAGGGAGGCUCAGGGGUGCAGAGUAGAAAGCUGGAUCUCCAGAGGGAAUCAUUUUCUUUUAAGCAUCAGUGUGUGUACCUGCUCAUUAUUGGCAAGGCUUGAUUCCACCCUGGAAGAAGAUGAUAAAUUGUCCGUCUUUGGGGGGUGCAUUCACUCAUUGAAGCCUCCAGGGGAUAGCUUAGAGCCCUGGAUGAGGUCAUCCACUAAAUGGGCCCUGGGGGGGGCCUCACUAAUUAAUGCACAGCCCCCAAGUGAACAGUUAAUUCACUCACCCCUCCCUGAGGAGCUACACCCAGUGUUUCCUUUCCUCUCUGGAACCAAGAUAGCUGAGAUGUCUGCUCUUUUUAACCUGUUCCGCCCUAGGACCUGGAGUUUCAGUUGAAUUAGAUCUUCCAUGUGCUGUACUCCCCUCACUUCCUGCCUCUUCCUGGCUGUCCUCGCCUUCUCCUGCCUUUGCAGUUUCCUUCCACGUGGACACACGUUCCGCACUCUCUCACUACCCCUUGUCUCUUUUUCUCUCUAGAAAAUGAUCCCAGGACCAAAAUGCAGCUCAUCGGAGUCCUGAUCCAUAUAUUUUUUGGAGUCCAAGUUGGGGGAGAACAAUUGACCUAAGCUCUCUGGGGAAAAGCACACCUAAGCAUCUUUGGCAUCUGAAGGUGAUAAAACUUGUAACUAAGAUAUUACAGGGUCAAAUAUGGUCUGAGGUUUAGUGUGUCAGCAACUGUUUUGGCAAAAGGAGCCAAAAGAACAUGUGCGGUUUACAGAUACUUUCAGGCUGAAUGGUGGUGUUCAGCUGAUUAAAAUUACGAAUUUAAAUAGUAAAAUGUCUCUGUGAUUUAGUUAGAGAAUCACUCCUAGCUCGUUCAUGUUGGGGGCAGCUUGCCAUUUUCCAUGUGAUCUGCAAGUUGCCUCAAAAAGUAUAACUAUUUUGUGAAUAGGACAGGAGGAGAAAAUCUCCCAAUUGGCACAUUCUCAAUUAGGGUCAAGGAACAAAGCCAGCUUAACUAGAGAGGAAAUAAAAGGCAAACAAUAGGAGUUUGCCUGCACUGUCACCACUUAUAGAGAGGUGCCUCUCUGGACCUGCCUGGGAAGUCACUCUCAGGUUAAGGAAGGGUCGCAGUGACAAAAGUUCGGACCAUCUAAUUGUAUUACCCCAAACUAACCUUCCUAUAUAUAGUAAAAACAGUCUGAAGAUGUUUUAUUAAGAACAUGCCUGGAUUUGAAAGAUUAAGGAAAAUGGAAUUAUGAAUUAAAUAAUAACCAGAACAGCUUGGGUUCCCCUUGUGUUUUUCACUUUCCUGCUAUUGUUUUGAAUGUGGCUGUGAGACAAAGAGCUGCUUAGGUCAAGGACUAUAAAUUACAGUUUUCAUACAAUAGUCAUCCACUAAAAUGAUUUCAAAGCUUGAUCAAAGUACUUCAAAAAGACUUCUAAAACUUUUCCACAAUGCAGGGGGAGGGGAAACGCUCAUUUGAUGCCUUAAUUUGCUUCAGUCAGUCUAGCAGAGUUGCAUCUUGGCGUCAUACCUACUUUAUAUAAAAUCCCACUCAUUAGUUAAAGAAACCCAACUUGUUCUUAUUGUUGUCUCACGUACAGUAAAAAGGAUUUAAGUUUCCAUCUGGUUAACUAGCACAACUAAACCUUCGGAGACACUUGUAAGGAAAAGAUGCACAUAAUCCUGCUUUAAAAUAAGCAUAACUUGACAAUAUUUAAUCGUGAUAUGCAAGGUAUUUAAGACUAACUCCCUGUCUUAGAAUAAAGUGGAUAUCAGUGGAUUUAGUUGUCAUCUUAAUAAUAGUCGUGAUAAUAGAUAGAUUUCAUUUUUCAUCUCUUUUCCCUCAACAUGCAUGUACCUGGAGCUGUCUCAUGUUAUAAGCAAGGAUGAUGGGAGGUACCCUAGUGGUAGAUAAGCUAAGCAGAUUCUAGGCCCAGCCAUACAUGAAGACAGUGUGGGAUUGCUGCAACAAUGCUUCUAUGUCAGGUAAUUUUUAUUUUUUAAAAGGAAGGUCAUUUGGAAAUGCUGACAUGAGAUAUAACCAAGUCAAUUAAGUGAUAACAAUGGAAGUUCAGAGUUUAAUUGAGGCCUGAACAUGAAGCCACCAACCGUUAACCUAAAGCAGUGAAUUCCCCUGGAAACAGCCUCCGUUAAAAGCAUUUCUAGAAUAAAUAGCACUUUUUUCUUUAAAAAAAAAAAUGCCUUUGUCAUUUUUAUAUUCAACACAGAUACAAUCCGAAAUUACAAUUGAGUGUAUCUAUAGGAGACUCUUUUUUUUUUUUUUUAACAGUACGCGGGCCUCUCACUGUUGUGGCCUCUCCCAUUGCCGAGCACAGG